GAUGCGCGGCCCCUUUAAGGGGAGUGCCCGGAAGGGCCCCGCCCCCGCCCCGCAGCGCACCGGCCCCGGUUGGGGCGCGGUUCGGUGGCUGCGGCCCUAAGGUGGGGUUGGGGGCGGGGGGGGGGGCGGUGGUGAGACCGGUGUGGGACAUGGCGGGGAACCGCUUACCGGGCUUGUUACCGGGCUUGUUACCGGGCUUGUUAGCGCUGCUGCUGGGGGCCGCCGCCGCUUUCAACCUGGACCGAACCUUCCCGGUGCUCAAGGAGGGCUCGACCCCCGGAGGCUUCUUCGGGUUCUCGGUAGCGUUGCACCGGCAAACGGAGCGGAGGGAGCGGUGCCUGCUGCUGGUGGGGGCCCCCCGAGACGUGGAGCCAGUGAGCAGCAGCCGGACAGGAGCUGUCUAUGCCUGUCCCCUCACCCCUGCCACCCGCGACUGCCAGCGCCUGGGCAUCGAGCUGAAGAGUGAGCCAGACAAGGCCAUCAUCGAUGACAUGUGGCUGGGGGUGACAGUCGCCAGCCAGCGGCAGCCGGCGGGGAGGGUCCUGGCCUGUGCCCACCGCUACACCAAGGUGCUGUGGUCGGGCAGCGAGGACCAGCGGCGCAUGGUGGGCAGGUGCUACGUGCGGGGCAACGACCUGGGCCUGAACAUCAGCGACGAGUGGCAGACCUACCACAACGAGAUGUGCAACUCCAACACCGACAGCGACGAGACUGGCAUGUGCCAGAUGGGCGCCAGCGCCGGCUUCGCCGCCAACAUCAUCUACUUCGGGGCGCCUGGCGCCUACAACUGGCAGGGUACUGACUACAUGCUGCAGCGGGAGAUGUGGGACCUGCACGACUUCUCCUACCCCAACACCAAGAGUGGCAACACCUACAUAGGGUACACGGCGGAGGUGGGCAGCGCCGUGCUGCAGCAGGACAGGGUGACGAUGGUGACAGGAGCCCCUCGCUACAACCACACCGGCGCCGUCUACCUGCUGAGCCGCAGCCCGCAGCAGGCGCUGCAGAGGAGCCUCCUCCUGCCCGGCCACCAAGUGGGCUCCUACUUCGGCAGCGCCCUGGCCCUGGCAGACCUCAACAACGACGGGUGGCAGGACCUGGUGGUGGGGGCCCCCUACUACUUCCAGCGGAAGCAGGAGGUGGGGGGCGCAGUCUACGUCUACAUGAACGAGGUGGGGCAGUUCCAGCCGCAGCCCAGCCUGCGCCUCACCGGCCCCAGCGGCUCUGCCUUCGGCCUCGCCCUGGCCAGCAUCGGGGACCUCAACCAGGAUGGCUUCCAGGACAUCGCCGUGGGGGCUCCUUUCGAGGGACCUGGCAAGGUCUACAUCUACCACAGCAGUGCCCGAGGGCUGCUGGACACACCCCGGCAGGUGAUCAGUGGGUCAGACCUGGGCCCUGCCAGCAUGAGGACCUUUGGGUACUCGCUGAGUGGGGGCCUGGACGUGGAUGGCAACUCCUACCCUGACCUGCUGGUGGGCAGCUUGGCAGAGAGGAUUGUCCUGCUCAGGGCUCGCCCUGUGAUCAACAUCUUGGACAAGACCUUCAUGGUGACCCCCAGCAAGGUGGACCCUGCCCGGUGCACCCCCGACUCCUGCAUCACGGUGACCCUUUGCUUCUCCUACGAGCAGAGUGCUGCAGACCCCAAGUACCAGGAGGAGAUCACUCUGGAGUACUUCCUGGAGGCUGACAGGGAUCGGCACCCCCCCAGGGUCAGGUUUUUGGGCACACACUCAGCCUCCUACCGUGGCACCUUCAUCAUGCCUGGCACCCGCUGCCAGUCCAAGGAGCUGCUGCUGCUGGACAACAUCCGGGACAAGCUGCACCCCAUUGUGCUCUCCAUGAACUACUCCCUGCUGGAGCAGCCCAGGAGCUUCCAGCUCGGCCCCCACUCCCUGGACGCCUUCCCCGUCCUCAACCAGGACCAGUCCCACGAGAACGAGACCAAGGUGGAGUUCCAGAAGGAGUGUGGCUCCGACAACAAAUGCUACAGCAACCUGCAGCUGCAGAGCAGCUUCCUCACCGACCAGAACCAGCCCCUGCCCAGGGUGAAUGGGACCCAGGUGCUGCAGUACAGCAGGGACACGAGGAAGCUCUUCCUGAGCAUCAACAUCACCAACGUCCCGAGCAGCCCUGCCAACGGGGAGGAUGCCCACGAGGCUCUGCUCAACGUCACCGUGCCAGGCAGCCUCCUGCCCUCCUCCGUGCGCCCGAGUGGAGCCUGCACCUUCAUGGAGACAGUGCUCUGUGAGCUGGGCAACCCUUUCAAGAGGAACCAGAGGGUGAGUGCUCCCCACGGCCCCCCCUGCCCUCCUCCCGGGGCUGGCAUGGAGCUGAGGGUCCAUGGUCCCUGUGUGCUGCAGGCAGAGCUGAUCAUCACCUUCGAGGCCAUCGGGAUCAUGCUGGACACUCGGGAGAUCUCCGUGUGGAUGGAGCUGUCCACGCAAAGCACCCAGGAGGACUUGCAGCCUGUGCUGGCCAAGCUGCUGGUGGACUACAGCAUCCAGUCCUCACUGACCAUAGCCUUCUCCCACACCCAGUCACACUUCAGUGGCACAGUGGUGGGGGAGUCAGCCAUGAGGAAGGAGCAGGACGUGGGCAGCCCACUCAGCUUCGACUUCCAGGUGACCACCAAGGGCGAAUCGCUGGGCAGCCUGGGCACCAUCCUGCUGGGCUUCGAGUGGCCCUACGAGAUCCCCAACGGCAAAUGGCUCCUGUACCCCACCCAGAUCCUGGUCAACGGCAACGAGAGCUGCCAGCCCCCCGGGGGGGUCAUUAACCCCCUCAACCUCACCCUGCUGGAGGAGCAGGAACCAUCCCGGCAGAGACGGGAGCUGGAGGCCCCCGAGCCAGGAGAGCCCCCCCCGACCCUGGCCACUGCCAAGAAAGCCAAGUCAGAAGUGGUGCUGAGCUGCUCCAAGGGCACCGCUCGCUGCGUCUGGUUCGAGUGCCCUCUGCUGCACACACAGCACCCAACCACCUUCAGCCUCCGUGCCCGCGUCUGGAACAGCACUUUCAUCGAGGAGUACCACGACUUUGACCGGGUGAAGGUGGAUGGCACAGCCACGCUCUUCCUCCGCACCCACGUGCCCACCAUCACCAUGAGGAACCACAGCGUGCGGUUCUCGGUGGAUGUGGACUCGGAGCUGACGGAGGAGCAGCCUGCCGAGAUCGCGCUGUGGCUGGUGCUGGUGGCGGUGGCUGCAGGGCUGCUGCUGCUGGGGCUCAUCAUCCUCCUGCUCUGGAAGUGUGACUUCUUCCACCGGCCCCGUUACUACCGGAUCAUGCCCAAGUACCACGCGGUGAGGAUCCGGCAGGACCAACGCUACCAGCCCGGCGGCCUCCUGCCCCGCCGGCACAAGAAGCUCUGGGUGACCAAAUGGCAGGAGCCGGACAAGUACUACUGACCCCCCCAGCCCCCCCAGGCCUCCUGCCCGGGGAGCACCAGGACCCCCCUGUGACUUUGCACAAGCUGAUCCCGCCCUGGCCCCAUCCCACGUCCCGGUGCUGGCUUCCUCCCGCUCCUGUCUGCUCCUCCAGGCUCUCGCACGCUCACGGGGACGAGCUCCGAGUGUCCCCUCCCCCCCCACGCCACACCUCCCCGACGUGACCGCUGCUGGUCUCACCGAGUGCCUUCUCCCCGCACAGACACUCCUGCCACGUCCUCACCCGUGGGGAAACUUCCCUGCACACGAGGACAGGUCCUUGCACGCUGGGACACGCCUGUGUGUCCCCCCCCACUCCUGCAUCCCCCCCACCCGCUGCUGACGCAGGCCCCUGGGUGCAAGAGCCUCUGCUCUCCCCGUGCUGGAGGGGAGGGGUGGUUGGAGCUUCGUUUCUCCACCUUCCUCCUCCUCUUCCUCUUCCCCAAAGCACUGCAGGAGCCCGAUCCUGGAUGUUCCCCCCCACCAAAUCCUUUUCCCACUCUGCCUUGCAGGUGGGGGGGUGCCCCCUCCCACCCCCCCUCAGCCUUACCCGCGGGGGUCCGUCCCGCCCCCUGGACGCCGCCCCAGGGGUUAAGUUAUUCCCUGUGCCUCUCGCUGGGGUUCGGUGUUGAGCUGGUACUGGGGGCUGUGGGAGGGGGAGGUCCUGCACCGCCCCCCCCCGGCCCCUGCUCAUGCCUCGUCCCUGCCCGCUGCUGGGGCCCAAUAAAUCCGGGAUUUGUAA